AUUUUAGAAAUUUUACUUUCAAAGAUUCUACAUUCAGUUCUAUAAUUUCAUCAUUAAUUUUGUCUUCUCUCGAGUACAAUGUCGGACGGUGAGGAUCAGACGCCAAAUAUCAGUGACGUGGGUAGCGAUGGGGAAGAGGAGACGUCAGCUGUAGAUUCCUUGGAUCUUCCCAAGGUCCCCAGUGAACCCCAACCAGUCAUUCCUGAACUGUACAGCAAAUUUCUGGAACAGCAAGAGAAGUCUGAGGAUGAUCCUCCAGAAACACCGUACAAGUCCAAGUAUGCCGCUCGGAAGUUCUUGCGGGAACUCCACGGUCUACUCGCGACUGAACUGGACCUCCGUUUCCGUGCUCUGGACAUCUCGUCGACCUCCAGUGAAGGCGAGAGCACGUGCAGCGAGCCCACCGUGAGCGAGGAUGCCUCGCAGCGCAGUGCUGGCAAGGCUGGUGAGGACAGUUCGGAGGAGGCCACUGUGGGCAUGGCAGGUGAGGACAAUUCGGAGGAGGCCAGUGUUGGCAUGGCAGGUGAGGACAGUUCGAAGGAGGCCAGUGCUGGCAAGGUUGGUGAGGACAGUUCGGAGGAGGCCAGCGUUGGCAAGGCUGGCGAGGACAAUUCGGAGGAGGCCAGCGCUGCCAGCUCCACAUGCACGGGCAGCAGCAGCGGCGGUGGCGAAAAUGUGGCGUCCACGGGCGGACUGGUCGAUUUGCAGGUGCCGCGGAAUAUCCUGAACAUGCUGCUUGGACAUCUUCAUCUCCAGCUUGGCACCAACUACUGCAGCACGGAACAAACCAGCGAGGGAGAGCGAAAUCUCUUGAAGGCCUAUGAGUACCUGACGCCGUAUCGGAAAUCGUCCGAGUGCAUUCUCGGCUUUGUGCUCACAUGCAAUCAGAUCGGAUACGUGCUGUCGAAUCGAAUGGACCACAAGAAAUCGCUUCCGUACCUGAAGGAAGCCGAGGAUGUCUACACUCAGUACAUGACUACCGGAGAGGGGCUAACGAGGACACCGCGCGGCGUGCACGAGCUGUUUGUGCCGAGUCUGAAGUCAGAAGAUGGCAUCGCAGAGCUGCACCGGGGCCACACCCACACGCUCUACUUCCUCGCGCAGGUCUUCAAGGAAAUGGACCAAACCGACCUGUCUGCGCAGUACUGUAGUGCAACGCUGCAACGUCAGCUGAAGAAUGGCGUCGAGGAUGGCUAUGACUGGGCAUUGAACUGCGGUACUCUCAGCUGUUACUUUCUCAGCCAGUGUCGUUAUGCGGAUGCACUCUACUGUCUUGCCGCAUCAUCAUGCAUGCUGUCCCAGCAAGCCCGUCAAGUGCAAAGUGCAGCAGCAGCAGCGGCGGCGGCUGGUGGCAGUGAAUCCACACCGACUGUCAGCGAGGACAACCAGCGUACGGUAGCGAGCGUGUCUCGGCUGUGGGUGGUGUACGCCAUGAACUUACUCGACGACUCAAAGCAGGAGAUUGAGCUGCUGUCACGGCUGUCAGAGGAAGAAGUCGCCGCGCAUCUCAAAAUGCGAGAAAUAGAGAAGAAGAGAAAAGAUGCUGCUGCAGCGGUCUCUGCAGGAAGCGAGGAUUCCGAGGCACAUGACAAUGCAUCCAGUGACGUCCUGAAGUCAGUGCAGUUUGCCAUCGAGGGCACGGACGCAUACGUAAAGGAUGUUCCGACCGACUAUGUCGCAGACUUUGACCAGGCGCGUCAGCUGUUCCUACUCGGUCAGAGGCACAUCGAGCUGGCAAGGAAGUACUUUUCCCUCGACGACCACUGCACGGACUAUGUGGAGCUGAUUCAGAACCACAGCAAGCUCUUCCAUCGACUGGCCGUCUUCGAGAAGGACUCUGAUCGUGUCUGCAAGAUGCAUCGGCGGCGCGCCGAUAUGCUCUUGGGAACGGCGCUUUGCCUUAACCCACAGUUCUACCUGCACAUUGUACGUCAGUUGAGAUUCGAAGCAGCAGAGGCCCUUGUGUCGCUACUGGAUAUCAAGCUUGAAACCUUCGACCGUGCCAAGGAGGCCGGAGAGAAAAUCGAUCAGAAACUCGCCAAGAAGAUUAAUAUGCUCAUUGGACAAGCUAGAGAGCAGUUUGAGGCAUUCUACAAAUCUCUGAGUGACCUCAAGGGUAACAUGCCGGAAACGCUAUCCGAGGACAUUGCCAGACCAGCUCUACUUUGCAAGUUCCAUAUUGCACGACUGCACAGCAAGGUUAUCACCCUGAAUCCGGCACAGCGCAUACAGAACCUGAAAGUCAGUCUCCAACUUCACAAGGAGAUCGUGGAGCAGUGCCACAAGCAAGACGACUUGGCCAAAGCUUUCCAGGUGGAGCUCGAGAUAUCCAGGGAGAUGGCGAUACUGCUACCACGACAGCUGGAUCUCCUGUCCAAAUCCUAAGGGGAACAGCUGCGAUUACAACACCCCCCCCCCCACACACACACACACAAACAGCGUCUUACCGAGCUUGAAGCUGAUGGUAAUGUUUGCGUACUGGCAGAUGUCCAUACACCCUGUCAGCAUUUGCGCAUGUGCACGGUCCGCUGCCCAGCCACUCUUCAACUCUAUAACGUGCUUUGUGAGUGCUAGUCUGCUACGCUGAACAUCACAACGUGUAAUGUCAUUAUAGCACUGCCAACUUGUCAGUGUACUCCAUCCCUGUCACUAGUUGUCCUUUAGGAGAAUUGUAGAAAUAUUUUCCAAUUAUUUUUCUACCAACAGCAGUGCACUAGUGGAAGAGGGAACUUUGUGUUUGAGUACUCGGCUAGUGGCCAUGUCUAGCCAGUUCUCUUCUGUUCCCAAGUUCCUAUCUUCCUGUAGCGCUUAUGUGUGCACACUAUUCCGCUCCGCUGUCUUUCGUCGCGCUGCCACUGUGCUGAGCAGGGAGUAGUGAAAUACCGGUAUUUUACUACUCCCUGGUGCUGAGCUGUAGUGGCACUGGUGUCGUGAAUGCACGUCGGCCAUUAUUUUCUUCCGCAAGAUUUUGACUUUUUCAGGCUGCUCAGACCCCAUUAAUGCAGCCAGUUCAUGUUUCUGACAAUACUUACCUCAGCAUUGCUCUAUCUCUGGACUGCACGAUUUUGAAUUGUGUUGCUGUAA